CGAUGUGACCUCCUCCUCCUCCGGGCUGGCCACCUCGCUGCCCUAUUCCGCACCUCCACCGCGGUCUCUGCAGCCCCUACCACCGGCCUCCUACGUCACAAUGACGUCACGCGAGCCCUCGGCGGCGGCGGGCAGCGGCGGCUACACAUACACCACGGCCACGGCGGCGCUGAUGACACCCAGCGUGAUGACGCCGGCGGUGCGUCAUCCGUCACCGCUGGCGCCGACAGCGGCCCUGCAGCAGGUGUCUGUGAUGUCGUCGAUGACGUCGCUGUACUCGAUGAACGGGUACGGCGGGUACGAGGUGUACCCGGAGCAGAGGUACCACCCGGAGGCGGCCCUGAUGCCACCGACUGCCUACGAGCCCGUCCAGGGAGCGACCAGUCCCCGUGUGGGCGGCACCUCCCCUCACGGCCGAUCCAGCCCUCAGCUUGGCAGUCCACAGAACCAGACGCUCGACCUCACCAUGCCCAGGCAGCAAAUGGCACUCGGCCCCAGCAGCCCGGCGUACAGCCCUCCGCCGAGGGUCGAGUCCCAGUCAUCAUUCGGAGAGCAAACGGAGCCAGUGGACUUUUCAAACAACUCGCCGGUCGACUUCAGCCUCGGGCGCGCCAUGGAGUGUGUUUCUCACAAUCAGGUGAUGUAUUCAAGAGACGACUACGCGGCGGCUACGUCACAACAGCAGCAGAUGACGCAACAGCCACAAGACCACCAACAGCAGCAGCAGCAUCAACAACAACAACACCAACAUCAACAGGCCCAACAGCAGCAACAACAACAACAACAGCAGCAGCAGCAGCCGCAGCCGCAGCCGCCGCCAGUGAGCUCCAGCCACCUCUCUGUGACGAGCGACGCGCAGGGUGCCCAGGACCCGACGGUCGUCGCUGCCGCUGCCGCCGCCGCUGCGUCCCAGCCGACGUACCAAGAGACGCUCGAGUACACCGACUCACAGACCGUCCUGUACCGCGGUACGCUCACUCCGACAUACUCGACCUCGCUGACCUACCACCGACCAACAUACGACGCUAGCGCCACUUACAACGGCGCCGCGUACCAGAGUUUCGGGUACGGCGCGGCCGACUACAGCGCGGCGUACUCGGCCAACUACGCCCCGGCCACGGCGUACUCGCCGUACUCCGUGCCGUACUCCGUGGGUACGGCCGGCAAGCCGCUGACGCCCGCCGGAGCCGACACGCUGCAGCGAGACCUGGACGGCCGUGAACUCAUCUCCUGUCCCACGCCCGGCUGUGACGGCAUGGGCCAUGCUACUGGAAACUACGCCACGCAUAGGAGCUUGUCCGGAUGUCCGCGAGCCAACAAGCCCAAGGGACGCCGGGACGGACAGGACAGCGAGCCACUGAGGUGCCCGGUACCCGGCUGUGACGGCUCAGGUCAUGUGACUGGCAAAUUCCUCAGUCACCGCAGCGCGUCUGGCUGCCCCGUGGCCAACCGCAACAAACGCUCUCUGGACGCGUCGGGUGCCUCGGACCGCUCCUACUCCAGUCUGGGGAUGAUCAACUCCAUCUCCAUGGGUUCCUACAUGGGCGGAGCAGGGUUCGGCGCGCCUUACAUGGGCGGCUCCUACCCGCCUGCUAUCACGGCCAGCACGAAAAAGAGCUCAGGAGAUGGAUCAGGGCGACGGGGCUCCUCUGCAGCUCAGAGUGGCGAGACUGCGGCUGCCGGCGCGACAGCCCGCCCCGGAGGAGACGCUAGCAAACUGUCGGCGACGGCCGCCGACGGCACGGGGCUCUCCGUUACGGCCACCCAGAUCAAAGACAACCGGGUGGCCGACCCGGCGGCCCCGGUCGGCCAGGGCGGCACGGCCCUCAACGACUACUACGACUCCUUCAGGACCAACAUGAUCUCCCUGCUAGAGCACGUGAAGGCCCCCAGCUCUGCCGAAAGGCUGGCGCCCCCCGGCUUCGACUCGUACUUCACACGGUUACACGGAAUGUACGGCGACGGUGGCGCCACCGAGGAGUACCGGCCGAUUUAUGAAACUAUGAAGGCGGCUAUCCAUGACUUUACGGUGAUGCCGACUCCUAUCUAGGUUAGCGAAGGUACUGGUGACGUUUGUGCUGCUGAUAAGUGUGUGGUGCGUGCGCUGGUGCCGAUUCUGCGGCACCAGGCGAGUUUGGUGCUACUGUUUAUGUUUGUUUGAACGGUGCGUGAGGAGGAUGUUUGAGAUGUUUGUUCAGUGUCUGUUGAUCCAGAAUGAAAGAGGGUGUCGCGAGACAGCUGGAAGAUCCCAGCUGAGGCGAAUGAUAAGAGCUGUUUUGGAACCAACCACCGAAUGAUAAUGUAAAAGCACGUAC